UAUAUGAACUACAAAAUUUCAAUUGUCAGUUGUCGUUACCUUAUCACUGAAGCUCGUAGCUCUCUGCAAUGUGACAAAAAGCAAUAAAAUUUAUUAUAAUUUCAAUAAUAAUUCUAAAUAAAUGAAGUGAUAAAGAAAAGAAGAAAAUUCUUUAAAGGAAAAUUGAAUUAAAAAAAAAAAUUUUUUUCUUCUUAUUUUCCUAAUCUUCUGAAUUCGUUAACUUAAAGCAAUUUUAAGUAUUUCAAGUAACAGAAUUCUUAUUUGAUACUCUUCUUCUUUUUCGAACGUCUUCCGUAAUCUCUGUACUCGUACAAUUAGUGUUAAUUUAAAGUAAUUAAGAAAUAAAUAACUAAAUAAAUGAAUAAAUAAAUAAUUAAAUAAUAAAUACAACAAUAAAAAAAAAAAAAUAAAUAAAGAAGAAAAUGUCUCUACCUAGUGAUAAAGUAACAACCGAACAACUUACAUUAACUUGUGAUGACUGUAUAGAUGAUGACGUUACGGUACAACAAUCAGCAGAAAAACAACAUCAAAGGCAAUCGCAACGGCAACACUACCGAAAGCAUCAGCAUCAGCAUCAGCAUCAGCAUCAGCAGCAGCAGCAACAGCAACAGCAACAUCAACAAUGUAUGUUCAAUAGUAAUGUGAACGCAGAUAAAAGGCCUCAAAAGGCGGAAAACGACUUAAGCCUGAAAAUCAAAUACAAACGCAGUGAAAGUAAAAAUAAAAAGACACAAAGUCUUUUCGAAUUAUUUUUUGAAAUGGUUGGAGAGAAAGAGCAGCGUACCCGAGAAAUGGGAACGUUAAUAUUGUUAGGAACGAUGUUUCUAUUUUUCAUCAUUAGUUUAACCGGAUUCUUUGUCAUGUGGUUUACAGAAUAUUAUAAUAAUAUCUUUCUGUCAAAUCUUGUUUUAUCUAGAAAUUCGGAAACAGCACAAAAAUGGAUGAAUCCGAAUUCGAAAUACGAUACAUUUCUCAAGGUUCAUAUAUUCAAUUACACCAACAUUAAGGAUUACUUAGAGGGUAAGGCUGAAAAAAUUCAAAUAAAAGACUUGGGUCCUCUGACUUAUAAGGAACACACGACUAAAGUGAAUGUCGUCUUUAACGAUAAUUAUACGGUAACAUUUCGGGAUCAUAGGAAUUAUGAAUUCUUGCCGGAUAAAUCAUCCUAUGGGGAGCAUGAAAAGAUAUUUGUGCCGAAUGUUCCACUAUUGGCAGCUGAUUUUCUCAUCGAUCAGAUGCGUGGUCUUAAAAAGAUGACAGCUUCGAUGGCGAUAAAGACGAUAGGUGGUAAUGCCUUUAAGACGUUAACACCUUUGCAAUAUUUGUGGGGUUAUCGCGAUAAAAUAUCUUCAUUAAAUUUUGCCUCGGGAAAAAGUCACUUUGGUUUACUAAUGAAUCGCAACGGUACCAGUUUAGAUUCUUUACAAAUCAAUACCGGCGAAGAUGACUUAAGAAAAUUUGGUGUUGUUACUCAAUUCAAUGGCAUGCCAUUGCUGGACUUUUGGAGUGAAGAACAAUGCAAUCGUAUCGAUGGCUCGGAUCCGAGCAUGUUUCCACCGCAUCUAAUCGAAAACCGAUCAACUUUAAAUGUGUUCCUGCAAGUGUUGUGCCGAAAAAUUCCUUUAAAAUUUGAAAAACAAGUUACCAUAUUCAAUAAUAUUGAGGCUUUACGCUAUCGUACCCCGAUGAAUAUGUUUUCGCAUCCUUCGGAAAAUUCUGAAAACGAAUGCUAUUGCCGUAAUACUCAGAAAUGUUUGCCCAGCGGUAUCAUUAAUGCGACCAAAUGUUACGAUAAUAUUCCCAUUUAUCCAUCAUCUCCACAUUUCUUUGCGGCUGAACCCGAUAUCUAUAAACAUUUGGAUGGCAUUGAGCCGAGACAAGAGUUGCAUCAGACUUUCGCAGACAUACAUCCAAGAUUCGGUUUUCCUAUUAACGGUGCCUCACGUAUUCAAAUCAACAUUGCUGUGCAUAAAGGUUCAAUAGUCGAACAACAACUAAGACGCCUUCGACGUGAUACCAUUCUACCUCUUAUAUGGAUUGAAAUCACCACCGGCGAUUUUACCGAAGACAUUAUCGAUACUUUAUACGCUAGCACUUAUGGUCUUAAUCUCAUUCAAUGCAGUCUAAAAUAUGGCACUUUACUAAUGUGCUUGAUUUUCUUUACAAUUAUCGUGGCUAGUUUUUAUUGUCUGGCUAAGAAGCGUGAAAUACAAUUGGAGAAGGGCGAGAAAAUCUUAAAGGCCGAAUUAAAAGCUCUUAACCGAAUACAUUUGUCGUCUGCGAGUUUAGCACAAAUGCAAUCAUGAGAUAUUGUAUUAAAAAAAACUUACAUUUAUUCUUCAAAUACUCUGGUGCGUCCAAAUCCACUGUCAAGUACACGUUUACAUAUUUUCAACUUAU